GUCACAUGCAUUCAGUCACAGCAGGAAAAUAACGACAUUCAGAGAAGAUAGGUGUAGUUUUAAGGCUGUGAAUCAUGGGUUUGUCUUUGAUGGUUUUCGCUAUAACAUUCACCCUGUCGAUAACAAUCAAUGCUGGAAAGAAUUCAGACGGUUAUUUUGCAGAGAAAGGAUACAAUAAGAAGGAUGAGUGUUAUUUAUGGGGUUAUCCCAAAAAUCGCAAGCUGCCUAUUGGUUAUGGAGAUCAGGAUUCAAAGAUCAAACGGAAAAUUUGCGACGCACUUAAAGAUUAUCCAGCUGUUAAAGAAUCCCUGAAGAACAGUAGAAUAGAAUGCGAAAAUGCAUACGACUAUCACUAUAAUGGACAAGACGAAACAUGUCCGACCGAGCUUAAACUGGUCACUAAGGUAUACAUUGGAAAGGAGUGGUGCGACGUGGCUAAGCCUGACUACCAGUGUGUUACAGCUGCAUCUUGCUCAAAACCUAAGGACUAUUGUGCUGGGAACCAAAAAUGGCCAAAGUCCAGUUCUUGCCUAGAAGCCGGAUUCCGAUACUUCCGUGUCUGGGUUUACUGUUACAGUUGUGGUUUCAAGCUAAUCAAGCUCAACUUGCCUCAGUGCUGUUCCUGUAGAAAAGUCGUAAUGUGUGAGGAUGAUACCAUUCUCCCGCCUUAAGAAAAGAAAGGCAUCAAAUUUCUAAUAAAUUUCCUGCAUUCAGAACUGUGUUUUAUUAUUUCUUGCUACACUAUAAUGACAUUGCAUGUAUUUGAUUGGGAGUUUGUUCGUGUAUGUAUUCAGAUAUAAACAGUCAAAAAUGAAAGAGUUGGUAUCGCACAG